AUUGUGGAACAUUACACGUGACAGGUCGUACACAAUUGUCUUCUAAUGAACAGAACUAUCAUAUAUAUGGCAAUUCAGGAGCUCAUAUUCAUUGCGUCAAAGGUUAUGAAUUUCCCGAUCACACCAAUACUACUACAGUCAAAUGCCUUGAGACAGGUGCUUGGAGCACAGUGCCCACAUGUCAGCCUAAAGAUUGUGGAACAUUACAUGUGAAAGAGCACACAUACUUGUCAACGAACGAAGAGAACUAUCAUUUAUAUGGCUAUUCAGGAGCUCAUAUUCAAUGCGACACUGGCUAUGAGUUUCCCGAUCACAGUAAUACUACGACAGUAAAAUGUCUUGACACAGGUGUUUGGAGCAAUGUACCCUUAUGUCAGCCUAAAGAUUGUGGAACAUUACAUGUGAAAGAGCACACAAACCUGUCAAUGAACGAAAAGAACUAUCAUAUAUAUGGCAAUUCAGGAGCUCAUAUUCAGUGCGACACUGGCUAUCAAUUUCCCGAUCACAGUAAUACUACGACAGUAAAAUGUUUUGACACUGGUGUUUGGAGCAAUGUACCCUUAUGUCAGCCUAAAGAUUGUGGAAAAUAUCACGUGACAGGUCAAACACAAUUGUCUUCUAAUGAACAGAACUAUCAUAUAUAUGGCAAUUCAGGAGCUCAUAUUCAUUGCGUCAAAGGUUAUGAAUUUCCCGAUCACACCAAUACUACUACAGUUAAAUGCCUUGAAACAGGUGUUUGGAGCACAGUGCCCACAUGUCAGCCUAAAGUUUGUGGAACAUUACAUGUGAAAGAGCACACAAACCUGUCAAUGAACGAACAGAAAUAUCAUAUAUAUGGCAAUUCAGGAGCUCAUAUUCAGUGCGACCCUGGCUAUGAAUUUCCCGAUCACAGUAAUACUACGAUAGUAAAAUGUCUUGACACAGGUGUUUGGAGCAAUGUACCCUUAUGUCAACCAAAAGAUUGUGGAACAUUUCACGUGACAGGUCAUACACAAUUGUCUUCUAAUCAACAGAACUAUCAUAUAUAUGCAAAUUCAGGAGCUCAUGUUCAUUGCGUCAAAGGUUAUGAAUUUCCCGAUCACACCAAUACUACUACAGUUAAAUGCCUUGAGACAGGUGCUUGGAGCACAGUGCCCACAUGUCAACCUAAAGAUUGUGGAACAUUACAUGUGAAAGAGCACACAAACCUGUCAAUGAACGAACAGAACUAUCAUAUAUAUGGCAAUUCAGGAGCUCAUAUUCAAUGCGACACUGGCUAUGAGUUUCCCGAUCACAGUCAUACUACGACAGUAAAAUGUCUUGACACUGGUGUUUGGAGCAAUGUACCCUUAUGUCAGCCUAAAGAUUGUGGAACAUUUCACGUGACAGGUCAUACACAAUUGUCUUCUAAUCAACAGAACUAUCAUAUAUAUGCAAAUUCAGGAGCUCAUGUUCAUUGCGUCAAAGGUUAUGAAUUUCCCGAUCACACCAAUACUACUACAGUUAAAUGCCUUGAGACAGGUGCUUGGAGCACAGUGCCCACAUGUCAGCCUAAAGAUUGUGGAACAUUACAUGUGAAAGAGCACACAAACCUGUCAAUGAACGAACAGAACUAUCAUAUAUAUGGCAAUUCAGGAGCUCAUAUUCAAUGCGACACUGGCUAUGAGUUUCCCGAUCACAGUCAUACUACGACAGUAAAAUGUCUUGACACAGGUGUUUGGAGCAAUGUACCCUUAUGUCAGCCUAAAGAUUGUGGAACAGUUAACGUGACAGGUCAUACACAAUUGUCUUCUAAUCAACAGUACUAUCAUAUAUAUGGCAAUUCAGGAGCUCAUAUUCAUUGCGUCAAAGGUUAUGAAUUUCCCGAUCACAGCAAUACUGCUACAGUUAAAUGCCUUGAGAUAGGUGCUUGGAGCACAGUGCCCACAUGUCAGCCUAAAGAUUGUGGAACAUUUCACGUGACAGGUCAUACACAAUUGUCUUCUAAUGAACAGAACUAUCAUAUAUAUGGCAAUUCAGGAGCUCAUAUUCAUUGUGUCAAAGGUUAUGAAUUUCCCGAUCACAGCAAUACUACUACAGUUAAAUGCCUUGCGACAGGUGCUUGGAGCACAGUGACCACAUGUCAGCCUAAAGACUGCGGUGACAUACACAGCAGCAUCAGCAUAAGGAAUGCGCUCAAAAGACGCCUGCAUAAUGACACCAAGUACAGUUCAACAGCAGAGAUAGACUGUGACGAAGGAUACUUUAACAUCAAGGAGAUUCAAACAAGUGGAAUUUCAACUACAACAAUACGUUGUUCUGAGUAUGGAACAUGGAUGAAUAUACCCACAUGCGUACGGAAAGAUUGUGGAAACUUGGACAUGCUGAAUAUAUCAAAUGCUAAAACAAGGAUUGUUUUUACUGAUACAAAAUACCAGUCGAAUGCUACUAUAAGCUGUGAGACUGGGUAUACUGAUCAAAAUAAACAUCAGACAUUGGGUAUAUCAACAUCUUGGAUAACAUGCUCUGCCAAUGGAACAUGGGCAAAUGUACCACAUUGUGAAAGGAAAGAUAACUACUUAGUCUGCGGAAAUGUACACAACAUUAGCAUUAACUAUGCAUCCAAUAGACGUCUGUACAAUGAUACCAUAGCAGAAACAGACUGUGACGAAGGAUACUACAACAUUAACGACGCUCAAACAAGUGGAAUUUCAACUGCAACAAUAAGGUGUUCUGAGAAUGGAACAUGGGUGAAUAUGCCUGCGUGUGUACGGAAAGAUUGUGGAAAGUUAGACCAGCUGAAUAUAUCAAAUGCUAAACUCAGGCUCACAUUCGGUGAUACAAAAUACAAGUCGAGUGCUGCUAUAAGCUGUGAUACUGGGUAUACUGAUAAAAAUAAACCCCAGACGAAUGAUAUAUCAACAUCUUUAAUCACGUGCUCUGCCAAUGGAACAUGGGCACAUGUACCGAAAUGUGUGAGGAAAGACUGCGGCAAUGUACACUACAUCAGCAUAAAUAAUGCAGCCAACAGACGUCUACAUAAUGACACCAAGUACACUUCAACAGCAGAUAUAGACUGUGACGAAGGAUAUUAUGACAUCAAGGUCACUCAAACGACUGGAAAAUCAACUACAACAAUUACUUGUUCAGAUCAUGGAACAUGGGUGAACAUACCUACGUGUGAACGGAAAGAAUGUGGAGGCUUAAGCGAGUUGAAUAUAGCAAAUGCUAAUGAUAGGAUUCCCAUUAAUGGCACAAAGUACAACUCGAUAGCAAAUAUCAGCUGUGAUGUUGGAUAUAAGGAACGGAACAAAAGUCAAACAACAGGGAUUACAAGUACUUUGAUAAGAUGUUACGAGAAUGGAACAUGGGCAAAUCAACCGACGUGUGUCAGGAAAG